GGGGCCGCGCGGCCCCGCCCUCCGCCGAGGUGACGCGACCGGGGGGCGGGGCCUGGGCGCGGCGGCCCGACUGUCUCGGCAGCGGCGGAGGAGCACCGUGCGGCGCCACGAUGGGGGCCCAGCUGAGCACGUUGGGCCACGUGGUCCUGUCCCCAGUCUGGUUCCUCUACAACCUGCUCAUGAAGCUGUUCCAGCGCUCAGCCCCGGCCAUCACCCUUGAGAGCCCGGACAUCAAGUACCCGCUGCGGCUCAUCGACAAGGAGGUGAUCAGCCACGACACCCGGCGGUUCCGCUUCGCCCUGCCGUCGCCCCAGCACAUCUUGGGCCUCCCUGUCGGCCAGCACAUCUACCUCUCAGCUCGGAUCGAUGGCAACCUGGUCAUUCGGCCCUACACGCCCGUCUCCAGCGAUGACGACAAGGGCUUUGUGGACCUGGUCAUCAAGGUUUACUUCAAAGACACCCAUCCCAAAUUCCCUGCUGGAGGGAAGAUGUCCCAGUACCUGGAAAACAUGAAGAUUGGCGACACCAUUGAGUUCCGGGGCCCGAACGGGCUGCUGGUCUACCAGGGCAAAGGGAAGUUUGCCAUCCGUCCAGACAAGAAGUCCAGCCCCGUCAUCAAGACAGUGAAGUCGGUCGGCAUGAUCGCUGGCGGGACGGGCAUCACCCCGAUGCUGCAGGUGAUCCGCGCCAUCAUGAAAGACCCACAUGACCCCACCGUGUGCCACCUCCUGUUUGCCAACCAGACUGAGAAGGACAUCCUGCUGCGGCCGGAGCUAGAGGAACUGAGGAACGAACAUUCUGCUCGCUUCAAGCUCUGGUACACUGUGGACAAAGCCCCUGAAGCCUGGGACUACAGCCAGGGCUUCGUAAAUGAAGAGAUGAUCCGGGACCACCUUCCUCCCCCGGAGGAGGAGCCGCUGAUACUGAUGUGCGGCCCCCCGCCCAUGAUCCAGUAUGCCUGCCUGCCCAACCUGGACCGCGUGGGCCACCCCAAGGAGCGCUGCUUCGCCUUCUGAGGGCCGGGCCCUGGCUGCUUGCACACCCGCCCCGCGUACUCACUGUGCCCUGUCCACACUCACUCCUCCUGCCACUGUUCUGUAACAUCACUUCCUUCUCCCACAUCUCAUGCUGUGGCCCCGGGCUCGGCCUGGCCUGCCUGUGCUGGGCUGGGUAUCCUGCUGAGCUCCCCCAGGGACCCCUUUGGGAGCAGGGUUUUCCUACACGUGCGCCGCCGCUGGCCACCUUCUGGGGCGGGCUCCGGUCUGGCUCUCCUCGGUUCUCACCAGGGAUGCUGGGCGGCCGGCCCUCCCCUCCCUCCACCUCACCCACCCACACAC